GCGCGUGCGCAGUGGGGAGGGGAGGCUGGGGCCGAGCGGCGGCUUCGUCCCCCCCGUCCCGCUGCCGGCCCUAACGGCUCCAACGGCCCUAACGGCUCCUUCCUGAGGGGCGAUGCAGGGCCGCGGCUGAGCCGCCCCUGACGGCCCCCGCCGCCCCCCCGUCCCCCCUCGGCGCCCUCAGGAGCCUCCGCCCGCCCUGCCGCCGUGCUCCCCCUCCGGGGCCUGCUGCGGGCGGCCUGGCAGCGGCGCGGCGGGCGAUGGAAGAGAAGGAGCGGUGUGCCCAGCCGCCGCCGCCGCCCCGGGGCUGAGGGGUUCGCCUGUGAGGGGUUACACAGCAACGGGGCUGCUGGGCCUCGGGGGGCGGGAGGGGACGCGCCGCGUCUUAACGGGGUAUGGGCGGAGGGGGGGGGGGGUUCUGUGGGGUGUAAAGGCGGGGGUCGCGGGAUAAGGUGAAGCGGAAGGGGCCAGCCGCUGGAAUAAGGGGGCAGCGGGCUGCUGCCGGCGCUCCGGAGGAAGAGACUCGAGGCCCCUUCGUUCCUCGCCGCCCGCCCGGCGAGAAGAUGAGUUGCGUGCCAUGGAAAGGUGACAAGGCCAAGUCGGAAUCAGCGGAGCCGCCCCAGCCGCCGCCGCCGCAUAUUUACCACGAGAAGCAGCGCAGGGAGCUGUGUGCCCUCCAUGCCCUCAACAAUGUCUUCCAGGACAGCAACGCCUUCACUAGGGAAACCCUGCAGGAGAUUUUUCAGAGGCUGUCUCCCAACACCAUGGUGACGCCCCACAAGAAGAGCAUGCUGGGGAAUGGGAACUAUGAUGUGAACGUAAUCAUGGCAGCGCUUCAGACCAAAGGCUAUGAGGCAGUUUGGUGGGACAAGCGCAGGGAUGUUAAUGUCAUUGCCCUGUCCAACGUGAUGGGCUUCAUCAUGAACCUGCCCUCCAGCCUUUGCUGGGGUCCCUUGAAGCUCCCCCUCAAGCGACAGCACUGGAUCUGCGUCCGGGAGGUGGGAGGCACCUACUACAACCUCGACUCCAAACUCAAGGUGCCUGAGUGGAUUGGAGGUGAAAGCGAGCUCAGGAAAUUUUUGAAACAUCAGCUGAGAGGAAAGAACUGUGAACUCCUGCUGGUGGUGCCAGAGGAGGUGGAAGCACACCAGAGCUGGCGAGCUGACGUGUGACCCGGACCCACUCUGUCCUCCCACUACAGCUCUGCCCCUUUACGGAACUCCUGACGUCCUGAAACCUGGAUAAUGGGUGCCCCGACUCUUCUCUUCUGGAACUUCCUUUGCUAGGCUCUUUCCUUUCUUCCUUGGUGCAAUAGGGCAGUGGCUUAGGACACUGGGGGCGGUGGGUGGGGAAGAAUCGAGGGUAGAGUGGAGGAAACUGGAAGCGAAUCACUUUCAUUACAAAGGUGAACGAGCUGUGUGCCCUUCAGCUAACCAGAAGGCGUCGCGCUCUUUAAAAACUGGGCUUUGGGACCAGGGUGCAUGGAAGCCUCUGGCCUCCCUUUCCCCAAAUCGUCCAAGGCUGCGCGUGGUCAGUAACUCCCCGCAGAGCUUACUGGGGAGGAGCAGGGGCCAAGCACGCUGCUGCUCCUCCACACGUCUCCAAAACAAGUAGUUGUGAAGGCGUUCGCAAUUCGUAAGGGUCCUUCGGGGCGCUCUCAAACACUAGGAACGGUACGGUGCUCAGCACGACUCUCCGCUUUGUAGGGGUGGCUUUUGCCAAGAACUAGAGGGGGGGGAAAAAAAAGUGUCAUCUUCCAAGAACUUUGGGUAGCUAGAGGAUUCCUCCCCAGUAUCUCCAAGGAUUUCUGUCUGGGGCUGAGUGGUUGUUUGGCAACGUGGGGCUGGCGAAGGCGAUGUGGCAACAGCAAGCGCAGGCUCGUGGAGGAGUGUCAGGUUUCCGAACUUGAUCGAGGUUGUAGUCUGCCUGGGGUUUUGUACUGUCUUGGGUUUUAGUUUCUUCAACAUCUGAGGCUAUUUUGGUUUUCUGCAUGGCCACCCGGUAGUUUAGGGGCUGCUCGGGGAGGGGAAUAACACCGAAGGGGUUUUUAGAGGAAUUCAUUCCCUCUUGCUUUCCUCUUUCCACAAGUCUAGCCCGCGGUCACAAAUGUCACGCAGAAUGUCCCAGAAGGAGCUUUUCUACCAGUGAGUUUAAAGUUACGAAGGAAAAAAAAAAAUCAUCCUAAGGCGUGAAGGCUUUAUGAUAGCCAGGUUUUGCCUUUUUAUAGUUACUUGCAGCUGACGUGGGAGGUGCAGAGCGUCCACCAGAACCUUCAGACCUGGGCCUGGUGGCUGAACCAACUUCUCUUUUAGUGCUGGCUGCCAAACAUUCCACUAAUGGGCAAAUCGCUUCUUCCUCCCCUCCCUUCCGCGGGGGAAAACGUGACUGGCCACGGAGACUCCGAGAGGGAUCUUGAUGGGUUGUUUUCUGUCCGCUGGGCACGCUGUCGUUCGGUCAUUCCGUCCACGGCAGCAGCAGCAGGAGGAAGCACUGGAUUUCGAGCAGAGCUCGCUGCGUUUAGCAGUUCCUGGCCGGGCUGCCGUUUGCUUCCCUCCUUUCCACGUGAGCUCUGGGUUAAACCUCUGGGGAGGGAAGGGGCUCCAGCGGCUCUGCUCAGGGGGUAGCAAAGCCUCGGGAGGGCUGCGGGCGUUUCACCUGUUCUCAGUUCCUUGUCUCUUGAGAGCUCUGCCAAGCGCGAGCAGGUGUUCGGAGCCGAACGGGACCGCUGCACCACGCCUCGCUGCUCCCGGGGGCGGAGGCCGUGUGACGACAGGACCACGGCGGUGUUCGCUGCCCCGCGGGCGUCUCGCAAGCGCCGUCCCGCAGCGUGCUGGGCGCAGCCUCCUGAAGUCGAGGGCGGGCGGCUCUUGUGUUUUAAGCACCCAACAUUUCUAUAAAAAGUCCUGUUUCGUAACACAUUCCAGUGACCAAUACCAGCCGGCAGAA